AUGGAAUCCCCAAAAACCGAGGCUGGAGUAUUAGACUUGUUCUGCUUCGAUAGAGGCACUGUAACCGUAAGUGGAAUAACAAUCAUUCGGCCGAUUGCUCUUAUCCUUCCUUCGCUGACACAGAAGAGAGAGAGCACUCCCCAAGCCAUUCUAAGAGAUUUCCAACCAUAUCUGGAACUAUACCUGACUCAUCCUGAGCUGAGUUAUGGUCGUUUGAAUUGCAAGAUGUUUCAGUUUCCAAGAGAAUUGUGUCCUGAAUACGAAGGGAUUGAAGAUGCACAUUACGCGUAUAGAGUGAGGGAUCGAUUGAGAAAGCAAGUUCUCGUUCCUUUACGUGCUGCAUUAGAGUUGCCAAAGGUUUAUACAGAGAGAAAAGAUUAUGGUUCGAUACCUUACAAUAGAGUAGCAUCAGUUGCUAUGAAGACAUACAAAGAAAAAUUCAUGAAAUAUGAUGAGGACAGAUUUACAGAGUAUCUUGAGAAAGUGAAACAGGGGAAGGCUAAGAUUGCUACUGGUGCAUUGCUGCCUCAUCAGAUAAUCGGAGCACUAAACGACACAGAUGAUGGAGGUACUCCAAUGGAGGUGUCCGUGGCAUUAGGAGUCCUCGUUUCGGAGUUGAGUGUAGAGCCAUGGAAAGGAAAGCUUAUAACGUUCAGUAACAACCCGACCCUUCAAAUAGUCGAAGGGGAGAGUUUGAUUUCUAAAGUCGAGUUUGUGAGAAAAAUGGAAUGGGGAAUGAAUACUGAUUUUCAAAAGGUGUUUGAUCUAAUACUAAAAGUGGUUGUUGAAGGGAGUUUAAAAGAGGAUGAAAUGAUCAAAAAAGUGUUUGUAUUCAGUGACAUGGAAUUUGAUCAAGCCUCGACGAAUCCAUGGGAAACGGAUUAUGAGACGAUUGUUAGGAAAUUUAAGAUGAAUGAAAUUCGAGAGCUACCAGUGAAAGCAAACCAGAAAGGAGUUGCACUUGUGAGUGGUUUUUCGAAGAAUUUGCUUACGUUGUUUAUGGAAGAAAGGGAUUUUAAUCCUGAAGAUAUAAUGGAAGCAACAAUUUCUGGUGAAGAAUAUCAAAAGCUAGUUGUGGUUGAUUGA